AUGGCAAUUCCAGUGAUUGAUUUUUCUAAGGUCAAUGGCACCGGCGAAGAGAGGACCAAGACAAUGGCUCAGAUUGCCAAUGGAUGCGAGGAGUGGGGAUUCUUCCAGCUGAUGAACCAUGGAAUUCCAGAUGAGCUCCUAGAGAGGGUGAAGAAGGUUUGUUCGGAAUACUUUAAACUGGAAAGAGAGGAAACUUUCAAGAACUCAACAAUAGCAAAGACUUUGAAUGAUGUAGCUGAGAAGAAAAGCGGUGAGAAAUUGGAGAGUGUGGACUGGGAAGAUGUCAUCACUCUCCUGGAUGGUAACCAGUGGCCAUCAAAAACCCCUGGAUUCAAGGAAACCAUGACUGAAUACCGAGCUGAGCUGAAGAAAUUUUCCGAGAGGGUCAUGGAAGUAAUGGAUGAGAACUUGGGCUUACAAAAAGGAUACAUCAAGAAGGCGUUCAAUGAUGGAGAAGAAGACAGUGCCUUCUUUGGUACCAAGGUUAGCCACUACCCACCAUGUCCUCAUCCUGAGCUAGUCAAUGGCCUCCGAGCCCACACCGAUGCUGGGGGUGUCAUUUUACUCUUCCAAGAUGAUGAGGUCGAUGGCCUUCAAAUCCUCAAAGAUAGGCAAUGGAUUGAUGUCCAGCCAAUGAAGAACGCUAUUGUGAUCAAUACCGGUGAUCAGAUUGAGGUCCUUAGCAAUGGUCGAUACAAGAGUACCUGGCACCGUGUUUUGGCCACCCCAGCGGGGAACAGAAGGUCGAUCGCUUCAUUCUAUAAUCCAUCGCUUAAGGCCACUAUAGCUCCUGCACCGGAAUUGGUACAAAAAGAUAACGAAGAGAUCAAUCAAUCUUACCCGAAGUUUGUGUUUGGUGAUUACAUGUCGGUUUAUGCUGAGCAGAAGUUCCUUCCUAAAGAGCCCAGGUUCGAGGCCGUAAGGGCCAUGUAA